GACAGAGUGGGAAAAGGAGCAAGCAGAGUUAGAGGCAGGACAAAAGAAGUUCUAUAGACGGCCAUAUACAUAUAUUUUAAUGGUUUUGGAAGGCCUGUAGUUGGGGAAAACAAUAGUAGCGAGGGCGGACAUGACAGCGUAGUGAUGGAGCCCCCUUUUAACAAGAGGAAUUCGGCGAUAAGAUUAGCGGAUUUGGCAUCGACUCAAGCCCUUCCUCAUCAGAAUAUGACAGGCUUCCCGGGUAUAGGGGGGCAUCACCCACACUCCCACCAUGCCCACCUCCACCCUGGGGAGAUGGGCAACGACCCCGGAGUGGCUCUCACUCCAUUUGGACCCGAGCACAUGGCACAGACCAAUGCUCUCAAACUUAGUCCCUCUCAGCCUCUUCAAAGCCAUCCCGAAGCCCUGACCGCGGCGUCUUUCACGUCUUCUCAGACCACAGUUGGUUUCCCCGUGGCUCACCCCCACACAGGCUACACCUCCAGCAGGGACUUCAUCCUCAGGAGAGAGCUCUCAGCCUCUGCUAUGCAUGCACUUGGCGACCAGCAUAGUUCCGCCUCCUCCCCUCAUCACCAUGGCAUGUUCAUUUCCCCAACAGGUGCUUAUGGGCACGCGGAAGGUGGUGCCCAUCCACUUUUCUCUGGACUGCACGAGCAAGCGGCCCCAGGUGCCCAUCACCACCAUGCCCUCAACGGGCAGAUGCGUCUGGGUCUGCCGGGGGACAUCUACGGCAGGCCAGAGCACUUCGGCCACAGGCCCGAGCACUAUGGAUCUUCUUCUCUCCACAGCUACAACUCUAUGAACUUUAAUGUGAACCUCGCCACGGCUCCUCACGGAGCGACGGGGGCGUUUUUGCGAUACAUGCGGCAGCCCAUCAAGCAAGAGUUAAUCUGCAAGUGGAUUGAUCAGGAGCAGACCUCCAAGAAGCCAUGCUCAAAAACUUUUAGCACCAUGCACGAGCUCGUGAACCACGUUAUUCUGGAGCAUGUCGGAGGACCGGAGCAAAGCAGUCACGUCUGCUUCUGGGAAGAGUGUCCGCGCGAGGGAAAGGCGUUCAAAGCAAAGUACAAACUGAUCAAUCACAUCCGCGUGCACACGGGAGAGAAACCGUUCCCGUGUCCAUUUCCCGGUUGUGGCAAAGUAUUUGCGCGCUCGGAAAAUCUCAAGAUUCACAAGAGGACGCACACAGGCGAGAAGCCGUUCAAAUGCGAGUUUGAUGGCUGUGACAGGAAAUUUGCCAACAGCAGUGACAGGAAGAAGCACUCUCACGUCCACACGAGUGAUAAGCCUUACUUCUGUAAAGUGAGGGGCUGUGACAAGUCGUACACACACCCGAGCUCUCUGCGCAAACACAUGAAGGUUCACUGCAAGUCUCCUCCGCCCCCUUCCGCCAACACGAGCUCUUCUUACCAUCCCUCGUCCACGACGAUCGGUGAUACCUUCUCACCAAACCUGGAGCCCCACAGGAACCGUUCAUCAAACCUUUCGCCUCAGGUGACCAACCUAAAUGAGUGGUACGUGUGCCAUGGGAGCGCUGGAGCAAACAACCUACACACUCCCUCCAGUGAUGUGCCAACGUCGGAAUCUGAUGACGAAGAAACUUUCAGACACACAGAUCCAAGGGCAAUGCUCUGAUGUGAACAUCAAUGAAUAUUUGAAUUCGUGAUGAAUGGUCCCUAUUCAAUAAUAAUAAUAUAAUAAUGAAUAAAUGAAUAAAAAAAGAUCACAAUUGAAGCGUUCCAGUUGAAGGGACAUGGAACCUCGUAUGGAUGUCAGAGGGUGAAAGAGAUUUUGCCACCAGUUUGCCCUUAAAACUUGCUCAGAGCAUUGAUGCAAUGUAUGUUCCCUAUGAUGAUGAUAACAUAAGCAGUUACGUGCUAAAUUAAUUAUGACAUUUCGAAAUCAAACAUGAAAUUAUUGACUUUUCCAUUUUUUUAAGAUUGUACCUGACUUUUCAUAAAAUAAUUCUGAUAAAAAAAAAGAAUAUUAAUUAUAGUAUGUUUCUUUUUCUUUUUUUACAUUACAACCCCUUCGUUGCACAGAAAUCUUUUAUAGAAAAGCAUUUUACACGUUAAAUGUCUAAGGGGCAUGUUUAGAGUUUGGGAAAGAGUGCAGUGAUAAUAAAUUGAGUUUUACAUGUAUAUUGUCAGUGUCAAAGAAAAAAAAACGAGUUUUAAAUGGGUUGAGUCUUUGUUAAAUUUUAUACCAAUAACCGUGGUCAGGACGGUUUUGUGAUAUUUAUUUAAAUCUAUAUUUUAUGCAAAAUCAAUGUAACUCUGAUUUAAGAGUACGAAUAUGUCCUUUGAGACCCUAAUAUUGUAUUAUUGACAGGCCUAUCCCUGAUUGAUUUGUAAAUAUUAUCUGGUAUUGAUGCUUGUAAAUGUUGUUGUAGAGUCACUACGAGUUUUGUACAUUGUAAUUUAUUUGCUGGUAUUAAUGUUGGUCUGAAAGUACAGAUACACCAAAGAAUAAUGUAAUUUUGGUGAAAUUAAGUGUUUUUUUUCCGUGUUCUGUAAAAAGGGUCUUACUUGAAUAGGCUGUAUAAUGUGAAGAUUCUUUCGCAUGACCCGUGUAGUAACUCUUUCUGUUGAGGUGCAUGAUGGUAUUAAUGGAAAACUUAAAAGUUGUGAAGACAUGUGAUGUUUGUGUAUAAAUAUAUGGAAAACUUGAAUAAAGGCAGGACUUAUACACUCAUUAAAUGACCAACAACGUAACAGACAAUGCUAGAAAACUGUGCUGUUUCCCAACGAAUGACCAAUUAUUUAUUUUCUGAAUUUCUGCUGAAUAAAAUAUUC